AUGUUGACGCUGGCCCUACUUCGCGGUCAGGAUUGCAUCGAGACCGAAGAUGCCGGCGUCUUCUACGAUGAGCGGCUGGUUGUGCGAGUCCAUUAUUCUGGACCCCAUAUCAACUGUCUGAAACUGGGUGUUGUUUUUGUCGCCAAGCUCAGUGUGCCCAAUCCCACGACGAACGACGAGCACGAGUUUGUUACCGCGUUAGAGUCGCAACUUGAUGUUGGGGAUGCCAAAAAAGGUGAAAAUGAUGAUUUAAUUUGGAAUACAGAGGUCCAUCUCCGUCGCCCACUUUUUGACCGUAACGUAGGGGAUGUUGUUGUUGAGUUUUCGGCAGCAGCGAUUGGACCCAAGCUGCCAGACAAGCCCAGCGACCCGGUUCUCGAUAGCUUACAGCCUGUGAAUGCGGCGUCGCCUUUCUUAGCUCUGAUGGAAGAUAUGAACCCUGACUUGAAGGUCGUUAAAAAUGAGAAUCCACCUGUGGAGUUGGAGAAACAGACUCUUCGAGUUCCGAUUGAUCUAUCGCUAACACUUAAUUUAAAAACUGUUAGACCGCCACGUGAAGGUGAACGUGAUACUACUCUUGCUCAACUCAUCUUAAUUUGUGACAAAAAACUCGCCCGUGGAAUCCGAGUGGAGGAGGUCGGGAUGACCAUGAAUAGCGCUGGUACGAUAUCACCAUUAGGACAGGUUCCGUUGCCGAUUAUUCUGCCACAGUCGGGAGAAUGUGCAUUUAGCUACAACAUUGACUGUGUGCUAUCUCAUGGGUACCGUCGAGAACUGGUAGUUGAAGUUCGCCAUACGGUUCUUGACGAUACUGCUCCGGCCACAAUUGAUACUACUUGGACAUCGAUUGUUGAUUUCGAUGACAUCAAGGGCCCUCUACCGAAAACGCCGACCCUCAAUUCGACCCCGAGAGCAGCCAGCGACAUAGACGCGGUUUCGGUGCGCAGCCUCCCCCGAAGUCCUUUGAACGGCAUCACCAUGACGUACAAGGGUCCAAACAAGGUCAAGCUGGGCGAGGAGUUUGAAUGGGUCCUCAUGGUGGUGAACAAAUCUCAUCGUUCUCGCAAACUGUGUGUUUAUUUCCACUCCAAAGAGCCGUCUCGGCCGUCCGUGCCCCGCCUAGACGAAAGGCCGCUUGUGGCUGAGCUUCCGGCCUUACGACAACGCGUUAUCCAAAAUACAGAAGCUAUGCAUGCUGACUGCGGGGUCAUAGCCUUGACCAAUGAGCUCCGGAUCGGGCACAUGGCCCCUCAGUCAAGUUUUGAGGCGAAAAUCCGGCUCAAGGCCCUGUCCCGGGGACUGCACUCGGUCACUGGCAGCGCAGUCGUCGACAUGACCUCUGGCGAAACCUAUGACACCGGCGAACUGCUCAAUGUCAUAGUGGAAUAG